CCGUGUUAACAUUAUUAAUAAUAGUCCAUAGAUCCACGCUGCCCGGUAGCUUCAAGGGGCUUUAAUUUUUUCCCCCCCAGCUGUCUCUGGGUUAUAACAUGGAUUAGCAAUGGCGCUAAUUGUCAGUCAAGACCCAAAGCUUCCCAAAUCCUAAUGUAAUGUUGGGCUAACAGGCGGGAUUACAGUCUGGUCGAUGUAUGGACAAGCUCCUAAUUGGCAAGUCGGGGCGGUAUAGCUCGGUUGGUAGAGUGGCCGUGCCAGCAACUUGAGGGAUCCAGGUUCGAUCCCUGCUUCUGCCAACCUAGUCACUGCCGUUGUGUCCUUGGGCAAGACACUUUACCCAGUGCCACCCACACUGGUUUAAAAAUGUAACCUAGAUAUUGGGUUUCACAAUGCAAAGUGCUUUGAGUCACUAGAGAAAAGCGCUAUAUAAAUAUAAUUCAAUUAAAAAAUUCAAGUCAAGCCUGCAAGCUCCCCUUCAGGAAGUGGCGUCUUCUAACCACACAGGAAGCGGUCGAGUCCCGUCAGCUUGUCGUCUUUGUAGAGGACGUCGGCUGUCACUUUUCAAGCUGCAACUUCUCGCACCAAGAUUAGACAUCUGGGGGGGUCCGUCAGGUCGGGUUCUGGCCCGGCCCAGAUAAAGAGCUAUCAUGCUGCAGCCACGAAAGGAGGGUAUUUAAAAAAAAAAGAAAAAAAAAAGGAGUGGCACCUCUUGUGCUUUUUCCGCUUCUGGUAUGAAAGUUUUUUUCAUCUGCGUAUUUGAACACAUCACAGCGUGAGAAAAGGUUUUGAUGUCCCAAAGCCAGGGAGCCUUUAUAAUUAUGUAAUAAAUCUGCGCCGUUUUAAGUCGUCCGCUCAGAUUUAUGACGGCCCCCGUAUCAAGAAGGAUGACAAAUUGGAACCGGCAGUCGGGGAGAGGCGAGCGCACGUCCACGGAAGAUACGGAAACGGUGUGAUGCUUUAGGAGUGAACAUUGGACAUCCCGUCGCCAUGGCCGGCCUGACUCGCCCUCUCUGCAACGGCUCGGGACAAAGAUGGGGGUUGCCAUGGUGAUCAUUUACAAGAAGACGCUGGAGAAGAAGGGCGCCGACGAUGUGACGUCCAAAAACACACAUUUGAGCUCGUUCCAGGCCCAGACCAUGAGCCAGGGGACCACCCUCUUCUCUCCUGGACUCAUGGAUACGAGGCGGUGGUGUGAGGAGGCGCACCAGAGGCCGGUCGGGACGAGCCUAGAGAGCCUGUGGGACGUCCUGCCCGAGGUGCACGGGACGUCCGCCCACUGGGGCUGGGACGUCGGCUCCGCCUCCAGCACCAUCACCAGCCUGCUGCAGGAUCUCAGCCUGACCGAGGCGGCCUCCUCGCUGGUCACGGCGCCGCCCAGCAAGAGGCAGUGCAGGUCCUUGUCCUGCUCUGAUGAACUCCACCGCAGCGCCUGGCGCCCCCAGGGCUCCCGCGUGUGGACCAGCGUGGAGAAAAGGCGGUGCCACAGCGGCGGUAGCGUCCAGCGCGGCGGAACCAGCUCCGCCGCCGCCUCCAGAGGGGCUCAGGCGGGCAUGCAACGCAGCUCCAGCUUCAGCCUGCCCGCGCGCUGCAACCCCCAAGACCUGCCCUGCUUCCCCACGACCAGUCCCACGGUCCAGCCCCUCUACCUCUCCCACGAACAGAUCCCCGAGCCCAUCAGCUCCCCGGACUCCACCCCUGAGAUGGAGCGGCGCGGUGGCCUGGCUCGUAGCCGCUCGCAACCUUGCGUCCUCAACGACAAGAAGAUCGGCGUGAAGCGCAGGAGACCGGCGGACACGCAGAGGCCUUCGCUGGAUCUGGCCAAGAUGACCCAGAAACUUCGUAACUUCCACAGCCUGAGCUGCCCCGGGAUAACGGGCCACGAUAUCUGCGAGUCCGGCCGAAGCCCGGCCCUUCCCGCCAGGGAGGACUCUUCCACGAACAGUUCGGACCGCGUCCCGGGCGAGACCCAGCUCACCUUCGAGGAGACGGACUGGAUCGGGAAGACGAAGGUGCCUCUGUGGGCGGGGCUUUGCCACGGCGGGAAGGAGGGGGCGUAUCUCCUCGGCGGCGAACUCGACAUCGAGCAAAUCGAGAGGAACUGAGACGGAGCGUUUUUCAAGUCUUAAAGCGGGACGUUAUGCACUAGGGGGGGUGAAUCUUUGGGCGCCGAACGAUUCAAUCUGAUUCCUGGGCUGCCGAAUCCAAUCAGAAUCGAUUCUCGCAAUGUGUUAUUUGGAAUAAUAAUUACAAAACCCAAAACCAGUGAAGUUGGCACGUUGUGUAAAUGGUAAAUAAAAACAGAAUACAAUGAUUUGCAAAUCCUUUUCAACUUAUAUUCAAUUGAAUAGACUGCAAAGACAAGAUAUUUAAUGUUCGAACUGGGAAACUUAACUUCUUUUUUGCAAAUAAUCAUUUAACUUAGAAUUUAAUGGCAGCAACACAUUGCAAACAUUUUUUUUACCACUGUGUUACAUGGCCUUUCCUUUUAACAACACUCAGUAAACGUUUGGGAACAGAGGAGACCAAUUUUUAAAGCUUUUCAGGUGGAAUUCUUUCCCAUUCUUGCUUGAUGUACAGCUUAAGUUGUUCAACAGUCCGGGGGUCUCCGUUGUGCUAUUUUAGGCUUCAUAAUGCGCCACACAUUUUCAAUGGGAGACAGGUCUGGACUACAGGCAGGCCAGUCUAGUACCCGCACUCUUUUACUAUGAAGCCAUGCUGUUGUAACACCUUUCUUGCUGAAAUAAGCAGGGGCGUCCAUGAUAACGUUGCUUGGAUGGCAACAUAUGUUGCUCCAAAACCUGUAUGUACCUUUCAGCAUUAAUGGUGCCUUCACAGAUGUGUAAGUUACACAUGCCUUGGGCACGAAUACACCCCCAUACCAUCACAGAUGCUGGCUUUUGAACUUUGCGCCUAGAACAAUCCGGAUGGUUCUUUUCCUCUUUGUUCCGGAGGACACGACGUCCACAGUUAUCAAAAACAAUUUGAAAUGGGCACUCGUUAGACCACAGAACACUUGUCCGCUUUGCAUCAGUCCAUCUUAGAUGAGCUCGGGCCCAGCGAAGCCGGCGGCGUUUCUGGGUGUUGUUGAUAAAUGGCUUUGGCUUUGCGUAGUAGAGUUUUAACUUGCACUUACAGAUGUAGCGACAAACUGUAGUUACUGACAGUGGUUUUCUGAAGUGUUCCUGAGCCCAUGUGGUGAUAUCCUUUACACACUGACGUCGCUUUUUGAUGCAGUACACGGGCAUUCAAUGUUGGUUUUGGGCCUUGCAGCGAUUUCUCCAGAUUCUCUGAACCUUUUGAUGAUAUUACGGACCAUAGAUGUUGAAAUCCCUAAAUUCCUUGCAAUAGCUGGUUGAGAAAUGUUGUCCUUAAACAAUUUGCUCACGCAUUUGUUCACAAAGUGGUGACCCUCGCCCCAUCCUUGUUUGUGAAUGACUGAGCAUUUCGUGGAAGCUGCUUUUAUGCCCAAUCAUGGCACCCACCUGUUCCCAAUUAGCCUGUUCACCUGUGGGAUGUUCCAAAUAAGUGUUUUGAUGAGUCUUUUUUGCCACUUGUGCCAGCUUUUUUGAAACACGUUGCAGGCAUCAAAUUCCAAAUGAGCUAAUAUUUGCAAAAAAUAACAAAGUUUCUCAGUUCAAACGUUAAAUAUCUUGUCUUUGCAGUCUAUUCAAUUGAAUAUAAGUUGAAAAGGAUUUGCAAAUCAUUGUAUUCUGUUUUUAUUUACCAUUUACACAACGUGCCAACUUCACUGGUUUUGGGGUUUUCGUAGAAUCGGGGAUGAGUGAGAAUCGGUGAUUCGGAUGCAAGUUGAUUCUUUUUGUGCACCCCUUAUAUUAUUAUGCACUCAUUUUCCAGGGACUUCACUAGUCUUAAGCUGUGCCGCCGGUGGGCGGGGGUUCCAAGUACGGAGAGAAGCGUUGAAAGCUCUAGAACAGGGGUGUCAAACUCAUUUUAGCUCAGGGGCCGCAUGGAGAAAAAUCUGGCAUUAAAACUAAAAAAAAUAUAGAUUGUUUUCUUUGUCUUACUUUGGCCAAAAAUAGAACAAAAUAUUACAAUAAAAAUAUAGAAAAAAAAAUACCGGCAGCGGUAAAGUUUAGAUCCAUGAAGGAAAGAAGGAAGUGAAUGAAUGUUAAUAACUGAAUACAUUUAUAUAUGCAUAAAAAUGUGUUUUCUUUUGUAUUUUUUUUUUUUAAGGAAUUAAGUAACGUUUAUGACAACCUUUUUCCAAAACACAAUAUAGAAUGUGAGAUAUAACAGGAUAAUGCAUACAUUUGGGCGGUAUAGCUCGGCUGGUAGAGGGUUCCAGGUUCGAUCCCCGCUUCCGCCGUUGUGUCCUCGGGCAAGACACUUUACCCACCGGCUCCCAGUGCCACCCACACUGGUUCAAAUGUAACUUACAGAUAUUGGGUUUCACUAUGUAAAAGCGCUAUAUAAAUAUAAUUCACUUCACUUCAUUAGGGCCCGCAUGGCCCAUUGCAUAAGGACUCCCAAAGGGAGUCCUUAUGCAAUGGGACAUAAGGACCUAUUGAAUUUGUAAGGUUUUAUUAUUCUUUUUUCUUCCGCACCCACAAAAAACUGUAAUUUGACCCACUUAACAUGCUUCAAAACUCACCAUAUUUGACCCACCUGCGAAAAUUGCCUUUUUAAAAAAAAAAAACGAACCACAAAACUCAAAAUUGCGCUCUAGCGCCCCCUAGGAAAAAAAAACUAGACUGCCUGUAACUCCCACUAGAAAGGUCGGAGACACACGAAACAAAAACUUCUAUGUAGGUCUGACUUAGACCUACAUUUUAUAAUUGUACAUCUUCGGGCAAAAAUCAACAGGAAGUUGGCAAUUCCCCCUUCAAGACAAAAAAGUACUAAAAACAGUAACUUUUGCCUCUUUGAGCUGUAUUUUGACCCCCUUAACAUGCUUCAAAACUCACCAAACUGAACGCACACAUCAGGACUGGCAAACAUUGCGAUCUAAAAAAAAACAACCUAACCCCAAAUCUCAAAAUUGCGCUCUACUGCAAUUUUUUUAAUAAAACGCAAAAAAAACUGCUCCUCGGAAGAAAAAAAUUACAAAACUGCCUGUAACUCCCACUGGGUCUCACUUAGACCUACAUUUCAUAAAUUGACAACCCCCAGCAAAAAUCAACAGGAAGUUUGCUAUUCCCCCUUCAAUACAAUUUUUUUGGAAAAACCGGUCACCUUCCUUCAAAAACUAUCUCCUCUGAGCGCGUUUGUCGUUUCGCCUUCAAACUAACACAGGAGAGAGAUUGAACCCUUCCAAAUAAAAGUUAUCGAAAUAAUUUUUCUAACCGCUCCGGUUUUGAUUUUAUGAGCCUUCAAAGACCCGCUGCGCUGAUGCUGCUGCGCUGCUGUUUUUUUAAGAUGGCUGCUUAAAAGCAGGAAGCACCAACGUGCCCACACAAUGCAGACAAGGUAGGUACACUAGACAAAAGUCUUGGGACACUUCAGACUAAAAGUAGACAAAAGUAUUGGGACACUUAUGACUAUCACUGGACAAAAGUAUUGGGACAUUUAGGACUAGCACCUGCCAAAUAUGCGGGCCCGACCAAUGCUGCUUGCAGCUUUAAUUUAUCAUUGGUUUUCAAAACGCUCUCAAAUAAGUUGGACCCCAAAAUUUGACUGUGCGACCCCAUUUUUGAAAAUUCCUAGCGCCAACACUGAUGGAGUAUUGGAGCGUGCAAAAUAAAUGUGGCCUGCGGGCCGCUUCUGAUACUAAUCAAUGCAAUCCACUUAAUUUAUAUAGCACAUUUAUUUAAACAACAGAAAUUAGAGAUGUCCGAUAAUAUCGGCCGAUAAAUGCUUUAAAAUGUAAUAUCGGAAAUGAUCAGUAUCGGUUUCAAAAAGUACAAUUCAUGACUUUUUAAAACGCCGCUGUGUACACGAACGUAGGGAGAAGUACAGAGCGCCAAAAAACCUUAAAGGCACUGCCUUUGCGAGACGGCCCAAUCACAUAAUAUCUACGGCUUUUCAUGGUCGACAGCCAUACAGGUUACACUGAGAGUGGCCGUAUAAACAACUUUAACACUGUUACAAAUAUGCGCCACACUGUGAACCCACACCAAACAAGAAUGACAAACACAUUUCGGGAGAACAUCCACACUGUAACGCAACAUAAACAUAACAGAACAAAUACCCAGAAACCCUUGCAGCACUAACUCUUCGGGGACGCUACAAUAUACAUACUCAGGGAGAGCAUGUCCCAAAUUCCAAGCUGCUGUUUUGAGGCAUGUUAAAAAAAAAAGCACUUUGUGACUUCAAUAAUAAAUAUGGCAGUGCCAUUUUUUCCCAUAACUUGAGUUGAUUUAUUUUGAAAAAACCUUGUUACAUUGUUUAAUGCAUCCAGCGGGGCAUCACAACAAAAUUAGGCAUAAUAAUGUGUUAAUUCCACGACUGUAUGUAUCGGUAUCGGUUGAUAUCGGAAUCUGUAAUUAAGAGUUGGACAAUAUCGGAAUAUCGGCAAAAAAAAGCCAUUAUCGGACAUCUCUAGUCUUAAGUGUAUGUAAAACAAUGUUAAAAUAUCAAAGAGAUACAAGUUAUUUGAAAGUGUAUACUUGCACUAUUAUUAUUAUAUUUUCAUUACAUAACUGGUUAAUUUGGUCUAAAAAAAAUCAUUGCAAUAAUAUCAUUUAUCGACAAAAAGGUUACACUGAGGGUGGCCGUAUAAACAACUUUAACACUGUUACAAAUAUGCGCCACACUGUGAACCCACACCAAACAAGAAUGACAAACACAUUUCGGGAGAACAUCCGCACCGUAACGCAACAUAAACACAACAGAACAAAUACCCAGAACCCCUUGCAGCACUAACUCUUCCGGGACGCUACAAUAUACAAUAUACAGUACAUACUCAGGGAGAGCAUGUCCCAAAUUCCAAGCUGCUGUUUUGAGGCAUGUUAACAAAAAAUAAUGCACUUUGUGACUUCAAUAAUAAAUAUGGCAGUGCCAUGUUGGCAUUUUUUUUUUUCCAUAACUUGAGUUGAUUUAUUUUGGAAAACCUUGUUACAUUGUUUAAUGCAUCCAGCAGGGCAUCACAACAAAUUUAGGCAUAAUAAUGUGUUAAUUCCACGACUGUAUAUAUCGGUAUCGGUUGAUAUCGGAAUCGGUAAUGAAGAGUUGGACAAUAUCGGAAAAAAAAAGCCAUUAUCGGACAUCUCUAGUCUUAAGUGUAUGUAAAACAAUGUUAAAAUAUCAAAGAGAUACAAGUUAUUUGAAAGUGUAUACUUGCACUAUUAUUAUUGUAUUUUCAUUACAUAACUGGUUAAUUUGGUCUAAAAAAAAUCAUUGCAAUAAUAUCAUUUAUCGACAAAAAGGUUACACUGAAGGUGGCCGUAUAAACAACUUUAACACUGUUACAAAUAUGCGCCACACUGUGAAUCCACACCAAACAAGAAUGACAAACACAUUUCGGGAGAACAUCCGCACUGUAACACAACAUAAACACAACAGAACAAAUACCCAGAAACCCUUGCAGCUCUAACUCUUCCGGGACGCUACAAUAUACAGUACAUACUCAGGGAGAGCAUGUCCCAAAUUCCAAGCUGCUGUUUUGAGGCAUGUUAAAAAAAAAAAAAAAAAAAAAAGCACUUUGUGACUUUAAUAAUAAAUAUGGCAGUGCCAUGUUGGCAUUUUUUUCCCCAUAACUUGAGUUGAUUUAUUUUGAAAAACCUUGUUACAUUGUUUAAUUCAUCCAGCGGGGCAUCACAACAAAAUAAGGCAUAAUAAUGUGUUAAUUCCACGACUAUGUAUCGGUAUCGGUAAUUAAGUGUUGGACAAUAUCGGAUAUCGGCAAAAAAAGCCAUUAUCGGACAUCUCUAGUGUUAAGUGUAUCCCUGUUGAUAAACACAGAAAUCCUGGCCAGAAAACAAUGUUAAAAUAUCGGAGAGAUACAAGUUAUUUUGCACUAUUAUUAUUAUAUUUUCAUUACAUAAGUGGUUAAUUUGGUCUAAAAAAAAAAAUCAUUGCAAUAAUAUCGUUUAUUGACAAAAAUGUGUAUCGUUGGGCAAAAUGUGUUAUCGACCCAGUCCUAUGUAUGUCAUAUACAGUGCAUGCUACUUAUUAGCAGCGGGGAGUUCAACACCUCCAAAUUCGGCAAUCGAAAAUGCCACUAAAAUGGACGUUACAAUGUGUCAGCUCAGUGCAAUACUUACAGUACAAACACUUUGUAGGACUCAACAAAAGGCAAGACCGAGACUAUGGCAAAUUUAAUGCGUACUUGCGAAUGAGACUCAGAUGUAGGGGGUGACCCGAUACGGUUUUGAUAUUCGGUUGAUAUCGGUAAUUAAGAGUUGGACAAUAUCGGAAUAUCGGCAAAAAAAAGCCAUUAUCGGACAUCUCUAACAGAAACGUUUCCAAAGUGCUGCACAACAAUAUUAAAAACAAUAUUCAAAUAUUACCCUUAGCUCCACCAAUGACUGAAUAAAAACAAAAAAAUAAAUAAAUAUAAAAACAAUAUAAAAAUAAAUAUGAUUAAAAAACAAAACAAAUAGAAAUCCAAAUUUAAAAAAUAAAUAUAAAAAUAAUCAAAUAUCAUCCCGGGGAGGCCUUAGAUCAUUCAUUCGCGGGCCGGAUCUGACUUUGACACCCCUGCUCUAAACUAACGCGUCGUGGCCUUCGUCGUGCUGGAGGAGAGAAAUCCCCCGCAGGCUGGGACAAAUCCUCCGCACCCAAACGGACACUCUGAAGGAGCUGGGACCUUGUGGAGCGUCUUCUCUCUUGAGACACCGGAGAGGAUCUACGGCGUUGAUAUUUGAUGCUUUUGUAACCAGGCGGGUUAUGUAAAUACGAAUAAAUAAACAUCGUUUUAAAUGUG